GUGGUAUCUGUCGUAUUUACAAGACCACUAGAUAUGUUGCUUAUUCUCAAGAAAAAUAAUUAGCAUCAUAUUUACUUUUCACCAUCCUAUAACUAUCAAACAAACAAACAAAUCCACAAUACCAUAACAUUAAAAUACCUUAAAAUACCUUAUAACUUAUGAGACCAUAAGAUAAUAGACGCACAUACGAGUAAAAUUACGCCAUGAAUGAACUCUCUGGCAGUCUUUCUUAUCAACUGCCCCGACCAUCAUCUCCCAAGAAAGAUGCUUAGGAGGAGAUAGCAGUUCUCGGUCAUCAUGGCAUCAUCUCCAGCACCAGCAGCAUCCACUCCAGGGCGUCUGAAGGGAAAGAGAUGCAUCGUGACAGCUGCUGCCCAAGGCAUCGGCCGAGCCACCGCCCUCUCCUUCCUUCGCGAGGGAGCCAGCCUGGUUGUGGCGGUUGACAUCAACAAGGAGAAACUGCAAACACUGGAAGGAAUCCCAGGUAUUGUGACGAAGAAUCUUGAUGUUCGUGACGGAGUGGGCAUUCGGGCGCUGGCGCAGGAAGUUAAGGACAUCGAUGUGCUGUUCAACUGUGCUGGAUACGUCCACCAGGGCUGCAUCCUCUCCACCACCGAAGAACAUUGGGACUUCAGUUUUGAUGUCAAUGUGAAAAGCAUGUAUCACUUCAUCCAAGCUUUCCUUCCUUCGAUGCUCGAAAAACGCCAAGGUUCAAUCAUCAACAUGUCAUCAGCCGCCAGCACAUUAAGGGGCAUUGAGCAGAGGACAGUCUACGGGGCAACCAAAGCGGCUGUUAUAGGCCUAACUAAAGGGGUCGCCAGAGAUUGUGUGCGCAACGGAGUGAGAUGCAAUGUGGUUUGUCCAGCUCCGGUAGCCACAGAAAGUUAUAAGGAACGUUGUCAAGACUUGGAGGAUUCGGACAAGGACCACAUCGAGUACAUCGAAGGGAAAUUGAUGGGACGUUUGGCAACCCCGCAAGAGGUUGCCAACCUUUGCGUCUACCUGGCGUCCGACGAGGCUUCCUACCACACUGGCAACGUUUUUACAAUUGACGGUGGGUUUUGUCUCUAGAAUCAAUACGGAAACUUACGAGUGGAAGAUGACAAUUGAACAAAAAAAAGGUAAAGAAAAAAAUCAAGACACAAAUAAAAUGGAUCACCUUAAUAAAUUUUCACUGAUAAAAUUAU